CUCAUGGUUAGGCAGGGGUGGCACUGUAGGCCUGUAGUUGCAGCGUUGAUAUGAACUGACGUCAAGCGUAGCAAGUGAACCAAUUUGCGUGGUCGCGUUGUGCUUUUGAAGUUGGUGGACGGUCGCUUUGCCGUGCUCAGCGGCCACGGUGCGCUCUGCGGCGGCCCUAGUGCUAGCUGGCAGCCUGGCGUGACCCACUUGGCCGCCUCGAAGAGCUGAUGUGAGCGGCCGUGGCAGCGAGCACCAUGAGCACGGCGGCGACAGACGUGUCUUGCGAACGGCGCUACUGCUGGGUGUGCUUCGCUUCGGAGGACGAGGAACAAGACGCGUCCUGGGUGCAGCCGUGCAAGUGCCGCGGCACCACCAAGUGGGUGCACCAGGGCUGCCUGCAGCGCUGGAUCGACGAAAAGCAGGCGGGCAACAGCGCGGCGAAGGUGGCCUGCCCCCAGUGCAGCAGCGAGUACGUGGUGGUGCUGCCGAGUCUGGGAGGCCCCGUGUACGUGCUGGACCUGCUGGACCGCACAGUGCACCGCGCCUGCCCCUUCGUGGCCGCCGGACUGCUCAUGGGCUCGGUGUACUGGACGGCCGUCACGUACGGCGCGGUCACGGUGAUGCAGGUUCUGGGCCACAAGCAGGGCCUCAGCGUCAUGGAGCAGGCUGACCCCCUCUUCCUGCUCGUCGGGCUGCCGAGCAUCCCCGUCGUGCUCGUGCUCGCACGCAUGGUGCGCUGGGAGGACUACCUGCUGCGCCUGUGGUGGCGACACUCGGCGCCCCUUGCUAAGCUCCUCGUUGUGCCGCCCCACGACCCGGUUUCGGCCACGCGCCUCCUGUGCGGCGCCCUGCUGCUGCCCACUGUGGCCAGCCUGCUGGGCCGCCUGUUCUUCUCGCGCCAGUCGAGCCUGCAGCGCAGCCUGCUCGGAGGACUGGCCUUCGUGGCGCUCAAGGGUGCCGCCAAGAUCUACCUCAAGCGCCAGCAGUAUCUGCGCCAGUGCCGACGCACGGUGCUUAACUUUGAGGGGCCGGAGCCUUCGCUCUAGCGCUCGGCGGGGCCACCCACACAGAACGAGUCCCUCGCAGUCUUCCCACCUGGAAUGGUCGCCACUGCUACACCCGCGAGCAGCUUCACCCAGACCACACUGCGUCGGGGUUGGCCAUUGUUGGCUUUCACCGACGCUCGUCAUUCGCCUGCUUGCUCAAGCAGUCCACGACGGAGCAAAAUGGCACCUCCAGAGUGAGUGCAGAGUCGCAUUGCAGGACCGCACCUGGUCCAAACGGCGUCUGCUCUAUGUCACAAAGUGGCACUGCCCAUGAGCUGCGAGCACGAAGAACUGUCGCUCGACAUGGACAGUCGGUUGCCAGGGUUGUUCUAGACAGCCAAGUAAAAUGGUGCGAUACUCUGAGCAACUUUCAACAUAGCUCGAGUGACCCAGAUAUCCCUAUGAGCAACACGAGCAUAUACUGGCACCAAAACACUUCUCAGAGCAGGCACUGGGGGACAAACUGAUACUCGCACAUUCUUUUUCGCCUUGUUUGGUGCAUAGAAACAGCUCUCCAACAUCAGUCUCCAUAGAGCGGGUGUUCUCGGCCUACAGUAGAUUAUGUACCAUUUUGUUUGCAUUCCACAACGAAUAGCCACAGAUACUUAGGCAGAAUUCACCUUGGCAGAAACGAGAAUCACACUGGAAGCUUUUAAAUUUUGGCAGUUUAUGUCUAAUCUUCCUGCCCUUCUUGACACCAGAGGUAUUCCAAGGACCAAAAGAAAUCUAAAAAAAAAAAAAAAAUUUGGUCAACACAUUUAGAUUGCACAUUAUUUCUUCAGGUGUAUGAUUAAGUAGCACCAUAGCAGAAAUUAUGGCACACUGAUUUGAAGGUGAAUGUUAAAAAAAUAUUCUAAGUUGUGCAACUUUUCUAGCUCACUUGGUAAAAGAGCAAGCGUGUGGAUACUGCAGUCUCGGCAGAUAAACUAAAGGCGGCUUUGCAGGACAUUCUUCCCCCAGACACCCUGGCCUGAUGGCAUUGUUCACCUUACUUGGGGGAGCUUUGCCAGCAUUGGAUUUGCAGUUUGAAGCAGAUUUUUAACAUGAGAUAUGUUAUAGGUAGGGCUCCUCCAUGUUUUCGGAUAAAACUGAGAAAGCCAGAAGAACACUUGCAGGCAAAUAAAUUUCUGGAGAAGAUAGACUUUAAGGCUAAAGCGGUGCUCAAACAAAAGAAAGCUAAGAAAUGUGGGUAUAUUUUAUGCAAGUUUUGUCAGAGUGCGAUGUCGGCGGACCUCGGGAGAAGUCCCUCCGGUCUCCUUUUAAGAAUGCUGACAAGGGGAGGUUUAUGUUGGCAACAGUAUUUCCCGGUUUUGACAGGAGCCAAUCAAUGUGUGAUCAUGCCACUGUUGUAGUUUUGACCGUUGGUGUUGCAGGGAGGAAGGACGGUGGAAGUUCUCACUGGGGCAGCUUAAUAUCGCUCUCUCCAUCCCUUGUGGUCGCAACACUUUUUUGUGGCAUCUGCGACUAUGAAGAUGGGAUUGAAUGGGGAGCCUUGAUCAUCAGAAAGAUGCAAAAGCUUUUUUGGCGUCUACGUUGAGGUUUUAAUGGUUUUAAAAACAUUGUCUAGUGAAGCAAUCUUUGUUUCCAUUGCACCGCCACAUUCCGCUAAAGAAACCUUUAGAUAUGUGCGAGUGCUUUUUUAACCAUUGGUAUUAAGCAUUUAUGGGAAUGUUUGUGCUCGGAUAUUUUUACGAGCAACAUAAACGUACAAUAUUCGAAAAAAUAAUAAACGGAAAACUCUAAACCCUACUAACAAGGGAGGACUAGGCACUUUCCAGCAUUACGAGAACUGUCGUAUGAACAAUGACAUGCCAAAUUGAGCAAUUGGGGGUCGUGAUGUCAUGUAACGGAGGCCGCGAUGUCAUGUAACGGAGGCCGCAUGACCAUUAUACACUAAGUUUAGUGGACGACUUCUUUCCUGCCAAAUUUAGUUGAUUUGGUACAUUAAAAUUUGGUGGCCAUUGCAAGUGUCGCUGACGCAGAAUGGGGCUCCCUUGCGGGUAGCAUCUCAUUCCCAUUGGCUGGCAUAAGCAAUUGUGUGACCAUAACCAGUGAUGGUUUGGUAAAAAGUCUCGGUAUGAUAUCUGCGCACAAACAAUAGCGCCGAGAUAGAAUAACCCAAAAACAUGUUCUAUUUAUGAUGACUUUGUCAGGGGUGACUAAAGUAUUGCCUGCUUUGGUAUGAAAAUUAGUUCAGCUUUAAAAUCGCUUAACUUGAUGAAUUCCAAAAGGUCAAAUGUUCUAGUUGAAUGGGCAAUAUGUGAUGUUGUAUGUUGUAGUGCAAGCUCCUAGCAUGUACAGACUGCUAGGCUUUUUGUAAGCUGCCUUCCCCAAAAAUGUAUGAGGAUAUUGUAUCCACACAGCCAAAGCUAGAAGCUCCUCUGGUUUCAAUUGUGCCUGAGCAGAACAGGUGCCCAUGCAGUGGAAGCUUUUCUCGGAGCCUCGAGCUGGUGCCUUGUAGCCUUUCUCUGCGCACUUGGUGUUUAGAAGGAAGUCUGAGGCCUGGAGUGAUGACACCUGGUCGUGCAUAAUCUUGGUUUCCAAUUAUGCUGUAGAAAGGUAGGGCUCAGUUGUUUGCAGCAGUAGAGUGACACAACUUCAAAAUAAAUUUUCUUUGUAACCAAAACA